AUGUUUAAGGCGUCACAAAAUGCGGCGGCCUGUCUUCGAUGCCAAUUUUGUACUCCCCUUUCUCCAAAAGCCCUGACAACUUGCCUCCUCUCCCGCGUAUUUGACCUCCGCCAAAACCGAUAUCAUAGCACAACACCCCCGAGUCAACCUGGCGAAAAGCACCCUAAACUAUACCCGGUAUUGGGUGUCAAAAAGUCGCGCUACCAAAGACAUGUUGCGCGUUUGGAUGUGCAGACGCUGGGGGAGGUCGGUGAGGUGGUGAUACUCAAGGAGAGAGCGAGUCGGCCAAAUCAAAUGACCGCUCGCAAAUUUUCAAGGAUACUAGAGAAGGAGACCGAUGGCGACGCUCCUUGGGACAAUCCGUCUGAGCUCCUGAAAGAGGUAGAUAAGUCAAGAUUACAAUUGGGAGAUGCCAAGGAGGUGAUCGAAAAUAUUAACAAGAUCCGUGGGAAUCACGAGCCUGGAGACAAGCUGGACCGGAAUGAAUGGCGUAAACUUCGGACGAUAUUAGAAAACGGGUUUACGGCUAAUCAGCUAACCGAUUACCACAAACAAUUCGAACCACCUUUGAGUUCCUCUGACCAAAACGACGGCUUGACGGGACUUCAUUCAGGAUGGAGGCCCGGAACGUCACUUUUUCUGGAAAUGGACCCUGAAGCCCAAAAACAAACGGCAUCCAGGAUCGGGAGUCUUGGGAAUAUGGCCGGCAAGAUUGCAUUAGCAGAAAUGGUAUUGCGAGAUUGCUGGCAGCUAUCUGUUUCGGGUGAGAUCGGUCAAUUGGACAUACAUCUGGCCCCCCAUGAGAUUUUCAUGCUUCUAUUGCCCGAUAUCAGUCCUCUCAAAGACCUUGCAAUCACCUAUGCCGCAAAAAUAGAUGUUUCACGAUCUUUAAAUCUUGUGAGAAUCACCGCAAAUGAAAGCGCCUGCGAACUUGUUCGACAGGGUGUUGUGGGGUUUUUUCCACGGAUAAUGUCCAGAACAGUAGACCUCCCCACCAGAGGUUUCGUAUUCCAUGGAAAGAAUAGAAGAUUUGAGGAGCGAUUUUUCCGCUCCAUGCAAAAGUCGCUCAAUGUAUUUUGCUGUAAAGACCAAGGAACAAAGCAGAUAAAGAUAUAUUUCGUUUCGGAGAUGGAGAAAGAGGCGGACGAGGCGUACCGGAAUAUUAAAGCCGCAAUAUCAAUGACGGAAGAGGACCAAACCCGCUUUUGCACAUAUUUUCCAGACACUGAAUCGGCGGUUUUGUACUCCGUUUCCUACCAGGAGUUUUUGCCAUGGGCUGACCGCCAGAGAGGAUGGCUGAGAUGGAUGAAGCCGCUUUCCGAGGCAAAAACUCCCAGUGGAACUCAAUCGGAACCACCACCAGCUCUCAUCCGGAAAAGUCGUGGAUCUGCUUUCGAGAAAAUCCGCCUUCCACCUAUAGAAUUAGAGCUCGACAUCGUGCCACAGUUCAUUCGUGGGCGUCAAUCCCUUUUACCAAUUCUACGAAAAGCUGCUGCCGUUGUCCAUAGGGUGAGUAUGGACGUAUUACUUCCCGAGACGUCACUAGACCUCCGUUUUAAGAAAUUCACACACUAUGACCUCCUUCAAGGCCGUAAGCUAUCUACCUUAUCGCAAUCCGAGAAGCAAAGGGCCGAUAUCUCCAGCAUUUCUGAAGUCAUUGGAAAUCUGGUCUGGGAAGAUGCAUACAAACAACCGCGUAUACCCAUUUCUUGUGAACUGACCAUCCCACGCAAGUUGGUCAUUCAACAAUCCUCCGCCGCAACAAUAGCAGAUUCGCAAGGAAUCGGGGAAGGAGAAACAGACUUCGUAACGGGAACAUACAUGCUUCCUCCUAUCCGUUACCUCAGAUCGGCUCAAAUAUCGCGCUUCAACUACAAGGACCUAGAGCUCUGCUACUCACACGUUCACAUGGGCCCUGCGCUGCCAGAACACAUGAUUGACAUGUCGAUUUCUCUAGGUCGGGAUGAUAACGAACUUCGCCCGACGCUGUGCCAACCAAACACCCACCUUUCAUCCGCUGUUGCGAAGGAUAAGUCUAAGGGGUCACUUCAGGCUGCGUUCAAACUAUUUUACACCCGCGCUUGCGAGAUGGCGUUUGAGCAGAGUGCGGCUGCGGCGAAUUAUAAGAAGCGGGUUGCAGCCGGGGAUGAGUUGGCAGACGUGACCACUUCCGUUGGAGGGGAUUACAGACCAUACGUCAACCUUGAUCCGGAGGACCGAUUUAAUGAAUGGAUGGAAAAUGGUUCAGAAGGGGAGUCUGAGGACAGGUUUAAUCGCAAGGUUCGGAAUGGUUCGGAGUAA